UAAAGAAGAAGAAGAGAAAGAAGAUAGAAAAGAAAGGUAUUGAGAUUAGGCAAACAAGUGUUGAUUAGCAGGGAAUCGACAAUGGAGUGUAUCACUCAUCUAUCCACAUCGUCAGUAGUCUCAGUCACACUGUAAAAUUUAUUUAAUUAUUAUCUUUCUGUAUUUCACAUUUCAUUUCAUAUGCAAAUACGCAUAUGAAAUUGCAAUUGCGAAGCAUUUCCGAUCCAUAGAAAAAGAACCCUUUGUGACAGCUGUAACCACCAGGGGUGAAAAAACAUUCCCUCUCAAGGUAGAUUAGAAUACGAAUUUCUCUGGUAAUUGGUUUUCUUCUCAAGUAGCGAGAUCCAUCUCGCUAGGGUUUUUGUUUGCGCGAGAUGGCGUCUUCAUCAUCAUCAUCAUCUUCUUCUUCAUCUUCAUCAUCUUCGACUUCUAGCUGGCGCGAGGGAAUGUCCUCUGAUAACAUUAAAGGUCUAGUCCUUGCUCUUUCAUCCAGCUUCUUCAUCGGUGCUAGCUUUAUCGUCAAAAAGAAGGGUUUGAAAAAGGCCGGUGCCAGUGGAAUCAGGGCAGGAAGUGGAGGCUAUUCGUACUUGUAUGAACCACUUUGGUGGGUGGGCAUGAUAACAAUGAUUGUUGGAGAGAUUGCCAAUUUUGCAGCAUAUGCAUUUGCUCCAGCUAUAUUGGUCACUCCUCUUGGUGCUCUUAGCAUUAUUAUCAGUGCUGCUCUUGCCCAUAUUAUCUUACGGGAGAGACUACAUAUAUUUGGAGUUCUUGGUUGCGCUUUGUGUGUUGUGGGGUCUACGACAAUUGUUCUACAUGCUCCUCAAGAAAGAGAAAUUGAAUCAGUGCCAGAAGUAUGGGAUCUUGCUAUGGAUCCAGCUUUUCUCUUUUAUGCAGCUUUGGUUAUAACAGCUACCUUUGUUCUUAUCUUCCAUGUCAUUCCUCAAUACGGCCAGACACACAUAAUGGUUUAUAUUGGCGUUUGUUCCCUUGUAGGUUCCUUAUCGGUUAUGAGUGUUAAGGCUCUUGGAAUUGCCAUAAAGUUAACUCUGUCAGGGAUGAAUCAGCUAAUUUAUCCUCAAACUUGGGUAUUCGCUCUAGUUGUAACUGUUUGUGUUCUUACCCAAAUGAAUUAUUUAAAUAAGGCACUGGAUACUUUCAACACGGCAGUGGUAUCUCCCAUAUAUUAUGUUAUGUUCACAACAUUAACCAUCGUAGCCAGUGUUAUCAUGUUUAAGGACUGGGAUAGGCAAAGUCCAACACAAGUAAUCACAGAAAUAUGUGGGUUUGUGACGAUACUUUCAGGAACUUUUCUUCUGCACAGGACUAAGGAUAUGACUGAUGGUUUACAAGGUUCUUCUAUUAGACUUAAUAAGCAUUCAGAAGAGGAUGGCCUUGAUGAUGGUGAAGGGAUUCCACUUAGAAGGCAAGAUUCCAUGAGGUCGACAUGAGAUAUUCUUUGCGCCACAUCUUGCAUAUCUCAAAAGCUUGAGGCGCUGGGGAGGGAUUUUACCAAGUCAUCAUGUAUUUUACUGACUAUUUUCCUCCCCAUGAUAUUUUUUCCUGAUACAGUAUGGAGUGGAAGGAUGAGAGUUUCCUAUCACUGUUCUUUUGGCCUCCUGAUGAUUGUGCUUUCUGAUCUUGUCUUGUACACCUCUCCACACUCCAUACGGAUGACAAACACCGAUGUAAUUUUUCUGCACGCUGAUUAUAUAUAGUGUACCUCAGUUAAAUGAAAGUAUUCAUCAAAUUUUGAACUGGACAGCGUAGCAAUGUUCUUAUCAGUAUGUGCCAAUGUAACUUGAGCUGACCCCCUAUUUCUCUUUGCGUUUGUCGGAGAAAAGUAUGGAAGUCAGGAUUUGUAGAUUUUAAAGUCAAAUGAAUGAAUUGUUUAAUGCAUUCCAGU